UCAGUACAAUUUUGUUAUUCAAAGGUGCAAGUUGUCAAGAGAGAGUAAAAGAGCGAUUACAAAAGUAAAAUCGGUGUGCGUGUGUGCAUUUGUCAGUGGAGUGAGUGUGUGUAGGUUUUACACUUGCAGACAAAGAAGAAAAUUUUAAAUACAAAAGCUGAUUGUUAAAUUAAAAAAAAAGCAAGCAAAAUAUUAAAAUUCAAUAAAAUCUUAAUAAAUUACUUAAUAGCAGUUAAACCAUCUUACUUUAAAGAAAUUACAAACGCAGUAGUAUAAUUUAAAAAGAUCUUGGCAAAUAAUUAAAACAAUUAGAAGGCCCAGACAACGGAAUAGCCACGUGUGUGAGAAUACGUGGGAUUUUGGUUUGGGAGACGUUCAAAUUAUUGUGAUACAAAAAACACCCAUCCUAUAGCUCCACACUAGAAAAAAUAUAAACAAACACCUAUAGUUAUAUAAAAAAACAAUAAUUAUACAUACAACAAGAUGUCCUCACCAAGUGCUGGCAAACGUCGCAUGGACAAUGAUGUCAUCAAAUUGAUAGAAUCAAAACAUGAGGUUACAAUUAUCGGUGGCCUUAAUGAAUUUCAUGUAAAAUUCUUUGGUCCUCAUGGGACACCGUACGAAGGUGGCGUUUGGAAGGUUCGUGUCUACCUGCCCGACAACUAUCCCUUCAAAUCACCCAGUAUAGGUUUUGUAAAUAAAAUCUAUCAUCCUAAUAUAGACGAAUCGUCCGGUACCGUCUGUCUCGAUGUCAUAAAUCAGGCCUGGACUGCACUGUAUGAUUUAUCAAAUAUUUUUGAAUCAUUUUUGCCACAGCUGCUCACAUAUCCCAAUCCAGUCGAUCCACUUAAUCGUGAUGCAGCCUCACUGUAUUUACAUGAACCUGAAGAAUAUCACCGUAAAGUAGCUGAUUAUGUACAACGUUAUGCCACAGAGGAGGCUUUGAGAGCCGCCCAAGUUGAGCGUGAGAGUAGUGAUAGUGAAUCCAGUAUGUCAGACUAUAGUGAGGAUGAGGCAAGGGAUAUGGAGUUAUAAUACCGGUUUAAUAUUAAGUUAAUAUUAUGAAUUUGAAAAUAAUUGCAAUAAUUAUAUAGAAUACAAUUUUAAUGAAGAAGCAAAACAAAAAAAAAAAAAAGAAAGAAAAAGAACAUGAAGAAAAGGCAACCAACCAACCAAUAUAAAAUGAAUUAAUAAUGUUAAAGAAAAACAACAAAUUAAAAAAUGAAGGAAAACACAAAAAACAAACACCUUACAGUAAUUUAAACUCUAACCCUCUUUACUAAAUAACACAAACAAACAAAUAGUUAUAAUAAAAUGAAGAAAAUACAAUAUGUAAUAGUGUAAUAAAUGAAAAUUAACUUAGUCAAUCAACCAAUCAAUAUGAAACUCUAAAAAAAAACACAACAUAUAACCAACAACCGCCACUAUUUAAAAUUUGUUUUCUCUAAA